AUACUUUCUGCUUCUACAAAUUCAUAUGAAAUCUCACGUUUCUUGUCAUAAAAGAGCAAAAAUCUCUCUACAAUUACAAAUAAAGUUUUGUCCAAGAAAAUGAAGACAAAAAUCUUGGGUAUUUCUGCAUGUAUUUUGAUCGUGGUAUUGGAUGUCAUUGCGAUGGUUCUUGCAAUGAAGGCUAAGGAAGCUCAAAACCAUGUGAAGCAUAUGAGGAUGUGGAUAUUCGAGUGUAAAGGGCGAAGCCACGAUGCGUUCGUGUUAGGCGUGGCUGCGGCCGUGCUUCUUAGCGCGGCUCAUAUUCUUGUGAAUUUGCUAGGGUUGUUGGGCGCCACCGGGCGAGAUGAGUCGCAGAAACCUUCACCGCCGAGCAAGAAGUUCUCCAAGGCGUUCUUUCUUUUGAUAUGGAUCUUCUAUGUGGUUGGUGUGACAAUGUUGGUGAUUGGGACAAGAUCAAAUGAAAAGAAAGGAAUAUCAUGUGGCUUCACAUACCACAACUUUCUACCCAAAGGAGGCAUUCUCUGCGUGGUUCAUGCCAUCUUAUCUCUUGCAUAUUAUGUUACUUCUUCUGCUCCCCUCUACACGUCCACUUAAACUGGUCUCGACUAUUGUGAAUACGACAAAUUCUUCUGUAUGAUCGUCUGCACGGUGUGGAAAAUCGUAUAAGAGACCUCCUCAUCGUGAAUUUGGAUUUUUCCUUGUUAAGAAAAAAUUAAUUGUAUACUACUAAAUGGGAGUUUCAUAGUUGUAUGUUUUUCAGUUAUCUCAAGUCCUUUUGAUCGCUGUAGUAACAUAAUUUUCAAUUAAUACGAAGUCAAGUGGAAUAUGUAAAAGUAGAAUGUUUGAAUUAAUUGAAUUGUCAUCCAAUUGAAUCGGAUGGAUCUUUUUACUCUU